AUGUCAAUUUACUAUGUCGAUCAGCCUUCCAGGCGGUUCCGGAUUCGCGUCCCGGUCCGCCUGGAGGUGGCUCGGGAGGACGGAUCGUUCGUCUUCCCGCACAUAACAGGCCAUUUCAUGGAUGUAAUGAAGCUUAUCCCGUCAGGAGGUGCAGAAGUGUCGCCGGAGUUCUCCGGGAUCUACCGGUGUCACUCAGCCGAUGCCUCCGAAGCCGUGGAGCAGUUGCUGAGGAGCUUCGUACGCAAGCUCAUGAUGCUUGGCUGUCUAUCGCAAAAUCUUAACUGGAAGGCUACGUGCAGCGUCGGAUCGGUGCUCCCUUUCGGCGGCCGAGUGAAGGUGGCACCAACGGUCCUGUUCCCUGUACCGUUCCCUCUUAGCCCCUUCCUAGCUGGUGUUCGCUUUACACCUAGUUUGGUUAGGCUCAUAGAUCACGUCAGCUGUGGCGAACAAUGGUUGUGUUCGGCGCUUGAGCCUCUGCGUGAGGUGGAUCCGUUCAUUGCCCACUUGCUGGAUAUAUGCCGUGACGUCUACCUGUCUGGCAAACGCCGCCUGAAGGAUGACGUCCGCGCCUAUGUCACCAGGGCUGACUACUUGCUGCAUGUGGCCGAGUUGCCGUCUGCGCCGGGCACACCACCCAAUUCGGCCCGGGUGGAGCACUGCCGAACAUGCCACUACGACGUGUGCCUUUGUGAGCUGCGCAACAUAGUAGGCGGCACCAUUGGCACCAACGCCGCCUUGAUAAGGACUUUUGAAGCACUGCCAGGUGUGUAUAUGAAGAUGGUGGAGGUGAACACGGUAUCGUGUGCUCUGGCCCACUUAUCGGAGUUGGUCUCUCGAGCCCACAGCGAUUGCGUGGAUGGGAUGUUGCGACAACGCCUUGCGAUCGGCAAGAUGGAUCACAUGGGCAUGAUUGCGGGCUUCCACAAGCUCCAUCUGCAGAACUCGCCCUUGGGAGGCAUCGUGGAUACCCUCGCCACGGCGCACGAACAUUACGUGAAGCGGCACUGCAGUCUCAUGCACGACCUGCCACCGUGCAUUUUGCAGGUGGUUACCGAAGAACUCGGCAACUUUUUCGACGUGUAUGCUGUGGCAGACGUGCUGAUGGAGAACUACGGCGUCACCGUCAAGGUGGUUACCAUGCGGGAGCUGUGCCGUUGGCGCCGCGAAGGGCGCCUCUUCAUCCAAACCGCUUCAGACUCCGCAGUACACCUCGUGGAACCCAAGCGCCAGUUUAACCCGGACAACGAGGGGAACCCAGGUCGCCUGUUCAUUGCGUGUCCGCCCUUGAACGGAUGCGGCCAGAACCAGGUCAUCGUUAGGGAAGUGAGCGUGAUUUACUAUCGCAGCUGCUAUUCUGACGAAGAGAUGGCUUGUGAUCGUGACAGCUGGGACGUACGCCGAUUGUUUGAAUUCUCCGACGCUGUCAAAGUGCCAUCGGUGCCGGCGCAACUGGCCGGCAGCAAGCGCAUCCAGAUGCUUCUUUGCGACCCCGCCAUCCGGGGGCAGAUGUCAACUGAUGAUACGCUGCCGCCAGACGUAUCACCGACCGGUGCAUCGAUAUCUCCGGUGUACGCCGCACUGAACACAUUCAGAAGCGUGAAUGUACAACAGGUGGACCCUUCGCUGGCCGUCAACGAGGACAUCGUGAAAGCGGCCAUAGAGUCCCCCGGAGGAUUCGUGCUAAAAUCACAGGCUGAAGGCGGCGCGGAGCUCUAUACGCACAACGAGCUGGCGGCGGUGCUGCGGCAGGGGAUGGAAACCGAUCGCAGACAGCUCGCCAAAUACGUGCUGAUGCGCCGCAUCAAACCACCGGUACAGCGGGCAGCGUUUGUUAAGGGCAACGAGGAGGGUGCUUUCACGCUCAGCGUCGAGCGGACGGUGACAGAGAUCGGAAUCUACGGCUGCGCCGUCUUCUCAGGAAAGCGCGUUCUCGCAGAGGAAUGCAGCGGUUACCUGGCCCGGACCAAGAACGAGUCCACUGCGGGCGGCGGAGUCUGCGCUGGGCAUGCUGCACUUACAAGACGACUGACUGCAACGAAAAAUCUACUGCCGGUUGCGAGACCUGGCUCCUUACGGAUACGUCAUUUCGCGCCAUUUUACACAAUGAAGGCGGCAUUGUUGUUUUUGUUGGCGGCGUUGGCCCACGCCCAGCCAGAACUGGAUUCCUCCGAAUCCACUAUCAAGCUGACGGCUGACAAACCCUUCGUUCACGAGAUUCCGGAGUACUCCCUGAAGGUGCUCUCAUGCCCCUCUGGAACUGGGCUCACUAUCACGAACGCCCUGUGGAUAGCCACCUUUUCCGGCAAAUUGGACAUUGACGAGAACGGGCCCGUUCGUUUGGACAGGACUUCCGACGUCAAGAAGAUUUGCCGUGGCCUUAACAAUUGCAUCCUGAAGCCCAUCGCCCACCUCGAGAAUGUUGUUGACAAGAUCUACCACUUCUUCGGCGUGCCGUUCUCCAACGCCAGCUACACCUUGAAGGUUAGCGGUGUCUGCGAAUCGACGGCCCGCAAGCCCACUGGUCGUGAGAUGAUUGCCGCCAUCGACCCCAACCUUGACCUGGUUAUGGGUUGUGAACAGGGCGAGGUGAUCAACCUGUCCUUCGUGCGUGGAGCUGGUCUCUUCCACACCUGGCAGUACAGGCACAACUACUGCAACAGGUCGUUCAUGGAGAACGCCUUCUACCUCUGCCAAAACCAGCGUAGCUGCACCAUUGACAAGUCGCUCUACGUCAGUGACACCGUGUGCAACUACCAGGUCAUCGACGCGCAGUACUUCUGCCGUCCCGCCUACCACAAUGCGUACGUCGAUGUCAUUAGGAAGAACGGUACCGACCAGAUCAUCCUCACUGCCGAGGAGGACGCCUUCGUCACCGUAAAGGCGCCCGCGGAGUCACUGCUGUCCGUCAAGUCCGCUGUCUGGGAUAUUGUCGGUAAGGAACUCGAAGAGGACGACACCAGGAGGAACCGUCUGGAUCUUCUGCAGUUCUUCUGUGAGGGUCGCAGCAGCUGUACCUUCAGCCCCAAGAGGACUUCCAACGGUCUCCUUGAUCUCCACCUCGGUGGUAUCACCGCUGACAACCAGAAGCCCUUCGUGUUUAAGGCCAAGUUCGGUAUCGUCAAGGGCACCCUGCACGCUGAAGACUCGAACAUCAAGACCGUCCCUUGCAAGCAUGGACAGACUGUCGUCAUGACCUGCCCUAGCGACCGUUACAUCCGUGUCGUCAGCGCGCUCUGGGGUGGUAUGGUCACCGACACCGCCCUCCAGCCCACUACCAUCUUCUGGGAGGAGAAGACCAUUGACGGCAAGCUCUACCGUACCACUGAAAUUGGUGCCUUCCUCGACAGGCAGGUGUUCAACAAGAACGAGUUCACUUUCGACCCCUUCGCCAUCGUCAAGGAGAAGCGUCUGUUGCCCACCAUCGAAGGUAUCCAGGAGAAAGACCACAGCCUCACUGUCAAGUACACCUGCAUGGACCUGACCAGCAGGCCUUCCAUCUCCGACAUUGGCCUUUCCGACAUCAAGUCACUCACUUCCGAUUACGGUGAGGAAUACGCCCUCGACAAAGAGAAGAUUCUGCCGUUCGCCUUCAAAAAGGACAACCAGUUGAUCAUCAUGCUCGAGAUGCAGGGUACCAGCGAGGUCGAGGUUGGAAAGUUCCUUUCCAUUCAACUUCCUGGCGGCGCCGAAGGUGCUUACGUUGCCACCCUCCCGCAAAACGACACCGCUGCCGAGCACAGGGUCGAGCAGCCGUGCGACAACGCCAUCAUCAACGUCAUCUUCGCCGACAAGAGGACCCUCCACGUCACCACCAACCUUUACAACGGAACGGAGCUCGUCGCCACCCUGGUGGACGACCUUACCAGCGAGUCUGACAUCAAAUUCGAGGAGGAAAUUAAGGACAUUGUCUUGACCUCCGGAAAUGUUUUGGGUAUGCGUGUGCUCUACAAUGAUAUGUCACCCCGGUAA